AUUAUGACAAUUCAAGCUGUGGUCGCAGAUUUUGUCUUUUUAGAGACCACUGAUCAUUUGGAACAAGACAAGCGAGUGCAGCGACGCAACGCAGGUGGUUCAAACCCCCCUUAUCGGACGUGUGGAAAGGCUGUAGCUGUAGAGGCGAAUGAGCGAUCGGAGCGAGCUCUGUGCACGGUUGAGAGCAGCAAAAGAUAGGCGGUGGGAAUAAUUCCGAAUCGGAGAGGGACGGAGGAGUUGCAGAGAAAAUUAAAGAGAGAUGGAUGGGUUGUGCAGGCAGGAGGAAAGAUGCCGGUCGGAUGCAGAGGAAAAUCAAUCAGGGCAACCUACUAACCAACAGGGGAAAGGGAUCGGAAUGACAAAUGCGGCAGGAUAUCAGAGUGGAAAGUUGACAAUGUGGGGAGAAAUAAAUCCGCUCGAACCCUCACGACGGCGUUUACGGUUGGUUAAGGGUGGAGUUGGUUUCCGUGACUUGCAGCGGACGGGAUGGAGAGCCAAGCAGGGGGGAGGAGGGGGGAAAGGAAAGGAAAAAAAAAAGGGAACGGAGCACAGGGUGGCCCAACGGUUGAACGGAUUACAUGAAGGCCCUCUCUCCACUCAGACAGCCCCAGAGACCCAGUGAACAAUUCCUGUUCCUGAAAUUGGUCCCUACGGUCUUGGUGUGUCGGUCUGUCGCCAGACAGAGAGAGAGUAAUAGGCAAGACAGACAGACGAGGUUGAAUUGAUCAAUGCGUCAUGACUGUCAAUCCAAGACAAAGAAUUUAGAGACAUUCUCCAGGUCAGAUGUUUUGGAUAUAAUAGCUGGCCUAUAACCAUGGACGGAGAGAUAAUAAAAUAAAUUAGCGUUCGUCCAAUUCCAUUUACCGCUUUGGGUACUAUUUCUUCCCCUCCUUCCUCUCCAAGUCCUCUCCUUCAAACCUUCGAACGCCCUUAACAU